GGAAAUUAUAAAUGUCCAACUUGGUUGGCCUCAACCAUUUUUCGUCUCCCUAAAUUAUAUUCUCCUUUUUCUGGUCGCCGGAAACUUCAAACAAGUUUACAAAUUCCGGCGAUUUACUGCGUGGUCCUCCAGGUUAGACUGUUCGUAAUAAUCUGGGAACUUAAUUCAGCUUCAUUAUGGACAGCGAUAACGAUUUUACUUUUUGCCAGGUUGGCUCAUCUGGAAACCAGGAUGGUAUCGAUACGAAGAAGCUUGCUUUAGAUAUAGAUGCUAUUACGAUAGAAGAUGAGUUGUCGAGUGGCACCAUUAGCAAUCCGAUUAGUGGUUCAGUGUGGAAAGGUGGAGUGCCAAGGGGUGCCAUCUCCGGAAAACAGGAGACAGUUGGAUCUUUGUCUGUUACUGUUAUUGAUGCUUCAUCCACGAACGAAUACUCUCAAUUUCCCAAAAAAGCACCAUCAAGGGAUGGUGCGAAGUCAGCAAAGCCUGCCACUCGUGCCAAGGUUCCUUUUGAGAAGGGGUAUAGCCAAAUGGAUUGGCUCAAGCUUACUCGGACGCAUCCCGACCUUGCAGGUUUGAAGGGACAGUCAAAUAAGAGGCUUAUUUCCAUGAAUGAAGUUAAGCAAAACCAGAAAGGGGAUUCUAUGUGGACUGUUCUAAAAGGCCGUGUGUAUAAUUUAUCUCCAUACAUGAGAUUUCACCCUGGAGGUGUUGAUAUUCUAAAGAAGGCUGUGGGGAAAGACUGCACAUCUUUAUUCAAUAAAUACCAUGCUUGGGUGAAUGCUGAUUUUUUACUUGAGAAGUGUCUCGUGGGUACUUUAGAUGAUGGGCAAGGGCAGCAAAACUCCAGCAUAUAGACUCGUACUUCAUACAGGCAAAUUGGUCCGGUGAUCAUUCAAAGUGUACCAAGUUAACAAUAUAUUGUCAUACCUGUGUGCGUCUCAAAUUUUUGUAACAAUAUUCACUCUUGCAUGUAUCGUAUGUAUCAAUCUGUCAAAUUCACAUUCUGUUUUUUUCUGACCUGUUUUCAUUAACUUAACUAGAAAUGCAACUACAUGCAUUUAGACUUCUUGAUAUGUACUAUUAAAUAAUUCAAAUAUGAAAUUAUUUUGUUACUUCAAAAUUCAAUAAAUGAUGAAUGUUAUCACAA